UGAAUGAAAACAUUGCCUAGAUGAACUGAACAAUUCCCCUUCAGCUUUGUUUCCAGGCUUAUACUGGGGCUAGCGGAGACCUUCACUCCGGCUGGAGCAAGAAAUCUAGCGGCCACCUUCAAUUAUUUUAGAUUAAAACAUCGGGCCUCGCUUCAACGUCAACAAAUUGAAAAUGUCAACAAUGCUGGCAAUAUCGACCUUUUUCUUUCAAUAUUUUUUCUAUAAAUUGCAGAACUCCCGAUCCACUUGGUCUCAGCUGCAACAGGGACCUCCUUCUUCUUCUCACUGUAAAUCCCACAGCGGCUGCAGAGCUCCCUUGACGUCCAUAAAUGGCAACGAAAGUUUACAUUGUGUUCCUGAGACACUCUCAGAAGAAGUUCUUGGCAAGAUGGGUGCACCUCCUAAAGGUGAUGCACCGGUCAUCAAAGCCAGCGGACUUCUUGAAGCUGAUGGGUUUAUCUUUGGCUUUCCAACUAGAUUUGGAAUGAUGCCUGCACAAUUCAAAGCCUUCCUAGAUUCAACUGGUGGCCUCUGGAGAACCCAACAGCUUGCAGGAAAGCCAGCUGCUUUAUUCUUCAGCACCGGCACUCAGGGAGGCGGCCAAGAGACUACAGCCUUGACUGCUAUAACUCAGCUGGUUCACCAUGGAAUGAUCUUUGUGCCAACUGGUUAUACUGGUGGAGCUGGGAUGUCUGAAUUGGAGAUGGUGAGAGGCGGAUCUCCUUAUGGUGCUGGAACUUUUGCUGGGGAUGGAUCAAGGCAGCCUUCUGAGCUUGAGCUGAAGCUUGCAUUUCAUCAGGGUCAGUAUUUUGCCGGCCUUGCAAAGAAGUUUAGGACUUCUGCUUGAACCAUUUGUAUGAACUGAAUCUACGUUUCUGUAUCCUUCCAUCUUCUGUUUGUUGGGCCCCUUUGAUUUUCUCCUGAAAGUUGUCAUAAAAAUUAACUUGCGCUAGUGUAAGUAAGUUCUCGCAACUGGUACCAAAAGUGUUCCCUGCUCUU